CGAGGUGUAGCUUCUCCUCAUACCUAUCUGAACAUAUCUGAGUACUGGUGAAAUGAAACUCAUUGAUUGUUAAAAUUGUCAUCGCAAAUGGUCGAGAACAAGGCGAUUUUCUCAUUCCGUAUAACAAGCUAAAUCUUCCGAGUUAUCUGCUUAUCUGCGUUAAGACGAUGACGAGUCUGCACUACACAAACAGAAAAAGAGAGAGAGCAACAGCCAAUCCCUGCGCCAGCUGUGCAGCGUAUGGAGUAAUUAAUCCGCUCGCCAAUACGUGUUCAAUUCACCUAUUUUCAGUCUGACAGAGUGACGUACAGACGCAAACAUUAGAUGAUCAAUGAUUAGAGGGUCAUUGAUCAUGCAGAACCAUCCUGACCGAAGUUGAUGGGAAAAUCGAGUAGUAGAGCUCAAAGAUGCGGAAGAAGUCGGUGGGAAACAACAGACAAACGAUUCAUCAGAGGGGCAACCAGAGAGACGGCUCCCCACAUUAUGUAUUACUGUAUUCCGAUGAUGAGAGUGGAGAUGAGGAGGAGAUCCUCCUCCAACCGAGGAAUAAAUCCAAUUCGACACCCAGGAGGAUUGAGGUGAUCGUUGUCACGUUGAAGCCUGAGGAUACACUUCAGGCAUUGGCCCUCAGAUAUCGGUGCACCAUAUCAGAACUAAAAAGAAUAAACAACAUCCACAAAGAGAACGAGAUAUUCGCGCGUAGAGUGAUAAAAGUUCCAGUCCCUCCAUUCUCAAUCUUCACCGAGAAUAACGAUACGAGUGAUAACUUGAUAGACAUAAAUCCCCCUGAGAACAAUGAGAACGAGAGUCCGAACGUGAAAAGAGAGGAGGAGAUCAUUAAUUUAAUAUCAACACCGACAGUCGUUCCAUCGACGAGUACAGACAUCAACAGUGUAAUACUGAAUUCAGUCUGCGAGCCACUGGCCAGUGGAAUUGAGCAGGAGAAUUGUUGUGAUGGUGAAGAUGACACGUUAUUGAGGGAACGUACGAAUGCAACUGCAGAAUCGAGGGUUGUUGAUACAUUCAAAUGCUCCGGUGCUGACUGGGGUCUGUCUUGGAUCCAUCUCCUGGCAUUUUCUCUACUCCUCGGAUGUGCAGGACCUGUUAUUUAUAUUUACUGUAUCGCUGAGAGUGAACACAACCACGAGCCGACGUGAUGGACAUGUUUCCUCAUAAGAAUGAGAAAAUUAUCAGUAUGCAGCUGUGGUUUUGUUAGUUCAAUUGUAGAGGAUUGUUGUUAUUAGGUAAACAGUUUUAUACGGACUGACAGACAAUAACCAUUGGAAAAAGUUUUCUCGAUUUAUUUGUCAACAUAGGGACCAUCACUGUGCCCCUCUCGAGAGUUUAUUCGAUGAAAGAAAUAUUUGUUCUUAGAGCCAGUAAAUAAUGAUAUUAUUUCAUCAUCUGCUCUCUAACGGUGGAGUAGAGUUAGAUAAUUUUUUAUAUCUUUAGUGAAUUUUUGAGACAGAUUUAUAUUUGUUGAUUGAUACUGAUAAAGAGAAUAAACUAUAUUUUUAAGACUUGAAA